AUGGCUCUGCGUGUCCUGCCAGUGGUGCCGCUGCUGCUGCUGCUGCUUGGGAGCCUGGCGCUUGGGCAGGGCUCAGCGGUGCUGGGCAGCCUGGAAUUGCAGAUUGACGAGGAGCAGCCUGCUGGCACCAUCAUUGGGGACAUCAGUGCCGGCCUCUCCCCAGGCACCACCAGCUACAUGUACUUCAUCUCUGCCCAGGAGGGCAGUGGUGUGGCCACAGACCUAGAGAUCGACGAGAAUUCGGGCAUCAUCAAGACGGCCCGCGUACUGGACCACGAGAGCCGCGCCCACUACAGCUUCAUUGCCGUCACCCCGGAAGGGGCCACGGUGGAGGUCAAUGUGCAGGUGAACGACAUCAAUGACCACGCCCCCACCUUCCCCAAGCGGCAUGGCUCCCUCCAGAUCCCGGAGCACACCCCGCUGGGCAGCCACUUCCCGCUCGAGCCAGCCCUAGAUGCAGACAGCGGCUUGUUGACCACCCAGGGCUACGCGAUCAAGGGGGCAAGCACGGGACAGGCUUUCCGCAUGGAGGCACGCCGUGGGCCCAAUGGAGUGCUGCACCCAGAGCUGGUGGUGAGCAGCAUCUUGGACCGGGAGGUCCGUGCCAAGUACACACUGUUUCUGGAGGCCUAUGACGGCGGGUCCCCACCCCGGAGCUCCCAGAUGACCUUGGAUGUGUCCGUCCAGGAUAUUAAUGACAACGCCCCGGCCUUCAACCAGAGCCGCUACCACGCCCUCAUCCCUGAGAACCUCCAGCCUGGCAGCAGCGUCCUCCAGGUCUUUGCCUCGGAUGCUGACGAGGGAGACAACGGUGCGGUGGUAUAUGAGAUCAACCGCCGGCAAAGCGACCCUGAGCAGUACUUCACGAUCGACGCAGCCACAGGAGUGAUCAAGCUCAACAAGGCUCUGGACUACGAGCUCCGGAAGGUGCACGAGCUGGUGGUGCAGGCACGGGACAGGGCGGUGCACCCUGAGGUCUCCACGGCCUUCGUCACCAUCCAGGUGCGGGACUACAAUGACAACCAGCCCACCAUGACCAUCAUCUUCCUCAGCGAGGACGGCUCUCCUCGCAUCUCAGAAGGGGCCCAGCCCGGCCAGUUUGUGGCCCGCAUCUCCGUCUCGGACCCCGACUAUGGGGAGUACGCCAAUGUCAAUGUCUCCCUGGAGGGGGGCGAAGGGAAGUUUGCGCUCACGACGAAAGACAACAUCAUCUACUUGAUCUGUGUGGACCAAAUGCUGGACCGGGAGGAACGGGACUCCUACGAGCUGCGUGUGACAGCUACGGAUGCGGGGACGCCACCCCUGCGUGCUGAAUCCGCCUUUGUGCUCCAGGUGACAGAUGUCAAUGACAACCCACCCCUCUUUGACACUCAGGAGUAUGAGCAGAGUGUUCCUGAGGUGGUCUAUCCAGGUAGCUUUGUGCUGCAGGUGACUGCGCGGGACAAAGACCAGGGCCCUAAUGGCGAGAUUCGCUACAGCAUCCUGCACACGCAUCACACCCAUUCCCAUUGGUUUGCCAUUGACCCUGCCACCGGCAUCAUCACGACGGCCUCCUCGUUGGACUAUGAGAUCAGCCCCCAGCCCCAGUUGACUGUGUUGGCCACAGAUAGGGGCAAGCCACCACUCUCUUCCACAGCUGUGGUCCGUGUGACGCUGCUGGAUGUCAACGAUAAUGAGCCCGUCUUUGAGAGCAACUUCUACAACAUCUCCUUGAAAGAGAAUGUGCCUCCUGGCACCUGCUUCCUCCAGGUCUCAGCUACAGAUGCUGACAGUGGCUCCCUGGGUGCUCUCUCCUACUCGCUGGGCACCGGCCUCAGCAGCUCGGCCCCCUUGGCGUUCAGCCUUGGGGAAGAGACCGGCCAGCUCUGCACCACACGGGACCUAGACCGCGACGAGGGCAUCGCCUCCUACGACUUCACCGUCACAGCUGUUGAUGGGGGCGGGCUGAGCUCCAUGGCCUACGUCAAGGUGUUCUUGGAGGACGUCAACGACAAUGCGCCGGCCUUCUACCCCCUGGAGUACGCCACCAGCAUCAGCACCCAAAGCCAGCCCGGCACGGCAGUGCUGAAGGUCACGGCCCAUGACAAGGACCACGGGCUGCACGGGCGGGUGACGUACCACAUUGCCACGGGCAGUGCCCCCGCCCUUUUUGCAAUCAACCCAGACACUGGUGCCAUCUCCUUGCUCCGGGCUCUGAUGGGCAAAGCCCACACGCUCGUGCAGCUGGAGGUCGCCGCACGGGACGGCGGAGGGCUGGCCGCCCAGCCCAAUGCUCACGUCAACAUCAGCAUCGUAGCCGGCACGGUCUCCCCACCCAGUUUUGAGCGUGCCCAGUACUACUUCACCAUCCCAGAGGACAUCCGGCCGGGCAGCAGCGUGGGUGCCAUCUAUGCCCGCAACCCCCCAGGCCAUACGGACAGCGUGCUUUACUCCAUCUCUUCGGGAGACCCCCACGGAUACUUCUCCAUCGACCCGGGCUCAGGGCAUCUCCACACCAGCUUGGCUCUGGACCACGAGGCCCAUCCUGCCCUGACGCUGGAAGUCCAGGCGCGCAGCGGCUCUCCCCCAGCUUACAGCAGCGCCCGGGUGCAGAUCAGCGUGUCUGACGUGAAUGACAACGCACCCACCUUCCCCGUGCCCUCCGACUCGGUGCUGCUGCCGGAGGGGGCGGCGCUGGGCACUGUGGUGUACACCGUCCGGGCUGGGGACCGUGACAGCGGCGCCAAUGGGCAGGUGCACUUCGAGCUGGCCUCGGGCGGCGGGGGCGCCUUCGCUGUGGAGCCCUUCUCAGGCAAGGUGCGGCUGAUGGGGGCUUUACAGCAGGAGGCCGGCAGCCCCUACAGGCUGGUCAUUCUGGCGCAAGACGGCGGAGCCCCCCGACUCAGCGCCACCUUCGCCCUCCUGGUGCACGUGCAGGCGGAGGACGAGCACGGGCCGGUCUUCGACACGCUCACCUACCGGGUGGAAGUGCGGGAGGGGGUGCCGGCGGGCACUCACUUCCUGCAAGUGCGGGCCCUGGCGCGGCAGUCCAGCGCUCCCCUCACCUACCACUUGCGUGCCGACGGGGAUGCCGCCAGCUUCGGCAUUGCCCCCGACACCGGCUGGCUCCACGUUCGCACAACUCUCGACCGGGAGGGGCAGGAGCUCUACCUGCUGACAGUCCUGGCGGUGGCUGGCGAGGGCGAGGGGCGCCAGACGGGCACCAGCACGGUGCGGGUCACUGUCACCGACGAGAACGACAACAGCCCCCGGCUCAGUGAGGAGCGCUACUUCUUCACCGUGGCAGAGAACAGGCCAGCUGGCAGCAGCGUGGGCAGAGUGACGGCCAGCGACCGGGACGCCGGGCAGAACAGCCGCCUGACCUACCGCCUGGUGCCGCUCGAGGGCCACUUCCUGAUCCACACGCAGACCGGAGAACUGAGCAUUCGGAGGAGCCUGGACAGGGAGCAGCAAGCCGGCUACCAGCUGCAAGUCCUGGUGCAGGAUGGGGGGACGCCCCCACGCAGCGCUACGGGCACCGUCUACGUCACCGUGCUGGAUGAAAAUGACAACGCCCCCACCUUCCUGCACGUGGCCGAGGGGCGCGAGCUCCUCCUGCAGGUCCCAGAGGAGAAGCCGGCAGGGCUGCUGGUUGCUUCGUUGCAGGCCAAGGACCCAGAUGAGAGCGAGAACGGCACCAUCUUCUAUUCGCUGUCAGGUGUCUGGGCAGAGCGCUUCUCUCUGCACGUGGCCACGGGGGAGCUCCGUACAACCACCAAACUGCGCCAGGCAGACAGGGGUGAAUACAUCUUCACAGUGACAGCGACGGACCGAGGAGCUGCGCCCCGGAGCACAACGGCAGCUGUGCGCAUCCAGGUGGUGUCCACGGCCCGUGCGCUCCCCCGGCCUGAUCCCACCGUGCUGACGCUCUAUCCCAUGGAGGGGCUGCAGCCUGGCUCUCCCAUCGGCUCCGUGGCGCCACCGGAACCACUCCCCCGUGGGCCGGCGACCUACAUGCUGGUGGGGGGCAGCAGCGAGGAUGGCCUCUUCGUUGUGGAUGCAAGCACGGGAGAGAUCUACGUGACCCGGGAGCUGGACUACGAGGCGGGGAUGCGGCACACCCUGCAAGUGAGAGUGGAAGACUUCCGGCACGGCUACCCCAGCCAGCACCUGGUGCUGGUCGAGAUCCAUGUGCAGGACAGCAAUGACCACGUCCCCGCCUGGCCACAGGACCCCAUCACGGUGGUGGUGCCUGAGAGCGCCACCCCCGGCACCUCCCUCUUCACCUUCCAGGCCGUGGACGGAGACGGCCCUGGCCCAAAUAGCCAGCUGCACUACAGCCUCCUGCGCCAAGAGGCCGCGCACCCGGCCUUCCAGCUGGACGCACGCAGUGGGGAGCUGAGCCUGCAGAGCACUCUGGAUCGAGAGAUGCGCUCCGCCUACCUGCUGGUUGUCCAGGCCACUGACCAGGCUGUCAAUGCCAGCCAGCGCCUCUCCGCAGCUGUGACGGCACGCGUCUUCGUCAUGGACGAGAAUGACAACACACCCGAGUUCCUCUCUCCUCUGGGAGUCGAGGUUCCUGAGGACCAGCCGACGGGCUUCCUGGUGCUGCAGGUGGUGGCACGGGACCGGGACCUGGGCGAGAACGGGCGCGUCAGCUACACGCUGCGAGCAGGGAAUGCCGACGGCCGUUUCCACCUCCACCCUGGCACAGGGGCCUUGUCCAUCGUGCGAGCACUGGACCGGGAGGACGUGUCCCAGCAUAACUUGACAGUGGUAGCCACAGACCACGGAUCCCCACGGCGCUCAGCUACACAGCUCCUGUUGGUGCACGUGCGAGACGUGAAUGACGAGACGCCUGCCUUUGAGAGAAGCCACUAUGAGGCCAGCGUGGCCGAGAACCUGCCUCCUGGUGUUCCUGUGCUGCAACUGCAUGCCACGGACCGGGACCUAGGAAGCAGUGGGCAAGUGUCCUAUGGUGGCAUCUCUGGGGAGGACUUCGCCAUCGACCCACACACAGGCGUCAUCAGCACCCGGCGCUCGUUGGACCAUGAGGAGCGGGCAGAGCACGUGCUGACAGUGUAUGCGCGGGACACGGGGCUGCCCCCUCACCAGGCCAAGGCCACGGUGCGUGUCCUGGUGACCGACGAAAAUGACCACACCCCAACGUUCCAAAGCGAUGCUUGUUCCUUGGAGGUGCCCGAGAACCAGAGCCACGCGAAGUUGACCACUGUGUGUGCCACCGACCCCGACGCAGGAGAGAACGGACGCCUGUCCUAUCACUUGGCAGCUGGAGACCCGGAGGAAGACUUCACCCUGGACCCGGUCUCAGGCCAGCUGUCGACAGUACGCGGGCUGGAUCGGGAACGUGUGGCCAGCUACCGGCUGACCGUCCAGGCCUGUGACCAUGGCUCAUCACCCCGCUGCGCCAACCUGCAGAUCCACGUGCAAGUGCUGGACCUGAAUGACAACCCCCCUGGCUUUGUGCUGGAGGCCUAUGGGGUGGAGGUGGCCGAGGACCUGCCCGUUGGAGCCCUGGUGCUGGAGCUGGAAGCCGUCGAUCCGGACGAGGGCCUCAACGGCCUCGUCUCCUACUUCCUAGCGAACGAGUCCCUGGGCACCUUCCAGGUUGAGCCACAGACGGGCCGCCUCACCAGCACACAGCCCCUGGACCGGGAGCGCCGGGCAAGCUACCGCUUCCUGGCCUUGGCGGUGGACUCCUCCCCCUUGAGUCCUCGGAGCGCUUCGGUGCACGUCACCGUCACCGUCCACGAUGUUAAUGACCACGUCCCGGCCUUCCCAUUGAGCCCGCUGGCGGUCACGCUGCCCCGCAACACGCCGCCCAAGCGGGUGGUGGCCACGCUGCGUGCCGAGGACCACGACGCUGGGGCCAACGCCUCCCUCCUCUACCGCUUGGCCACGCCCAGCCAGGCCUUUGCCAUCAACACCUACACGGGAGCCAUCCAGCUGCUGCAGCCCCUGGGGACCCUCAGCCAGCGCCAGCGCACCUUGUUUGUGCUGGCCAGCGACCUGGGCAAGCCCUCGCUGUCCUCCACUGGAGCGGUGGUCAUUCACCUGCAGGACGAGAUCUACCAAGGCGUGCGCUUCCCCCGCGCCACCAGUGACGUGGCACUGCCCGAGAACGCCAGAGCAGGCACCACCGUAGUGAGCAUCCCAGCCGCGCACACGGCAGGCUCCUCGGGCCGCAUCACCUACAGCAUCCUCAGUGGCAACGAGAAGGGAUCCUUCCACAUCCAGCCCAGCUCAGGCCUGGUGUCCGUACACAGCCCUGGCAGCCUGGACUUCGAACUGAGCCCCCGCGUGCGCUUGGUGCUGCAGGCGGAGUCAGCCUCCUCCUACGCCUUCAUGGCUGUGAACGUCAACCUGCAGGAUGUCAACGACAACCGCCCGCGCUUCCAGCUGCAGGACUAUGUGGCCUUCAUCUGGGAGGCCCAGGGCUACGAUUCGUCUGUCAUCCAGGUUGUGGCCGAUGACUUGGAUCAGGGCCCCAACGGCCAGGUGACCUAUACCAUCAACCAGACGCUGCCCAUGAAUGGGCUGUACCACAUCAAUGCCCAGACAGGAAUCAUCACGACCGCGGCCAUUCUGGACAGAGAGAUCUGGGCCCAGACGCGGCUGGUGCUGACCGCGACUGACAGAGGAAACCCUCCCCUCGUGGGCUCAGCCACUCUCACUGUGGUGGUGAUGGACGUGAAUGACAACAGCCCCACCAUCCCUGCGCCCUGGGAGGUGCGGGUGCCGGAGAAUGCCCUGGUGGGCACCGAGAUCACCAUGGUGACAGGCAACGACGUGGACUGUGGGCCUCAGCUCUCCUACGUGCUCCUGUUGGACAGCAGCGCCACGGGAACAUUCAGUAUCCUGCGCUACGGAGGGCGCAUUACGCUGUUGGGGCCGCUGGAUUACGAGCAGCGCAGCCGCUACGUUCUGACGGUGCGCGCCUCUGACUCCCAACACGAAACCGAGGCCAACGUCACCGUGGUAGUGGAGGACGUGAACGACAACGCUCCGGUCUUUGCCCAGGCGCUAUAUCAGGUGCUGCUGCCAGAACACACCCCAGCCGGCAGCCCCAUCCUGACCCUCAGCGCCACAGACCUGGACUCUGGCAUCAACGGGGAAGUCACCUACCGACUGACUGAGCCCAGCCGCAACGUCGCCAUCCACACCAGCAACGGGACCUUGUUCACCACUGAGCCCCUGAUGCUGGAGCCAGGGCGCCCCACCCUGGACCUCCUGGUUGAGGCUCAUGAUGGGGGCACACCCAGCCUCUCUGCAUGGGCCACCGUGCAGAUCCACGUGAUAGAUGUGAAUGACCACGGGCCCCAGUUCGCCAAGCCACGCUACAACGCCUGUGUGUCUGAGGACCUCCAACCAGGCACCACCUUGCUCACCCUGGAAGCCACCGAUGCAGAUGUGACACGGGACAAUGCAGCUUUGGAUUACACCAUUCUCAGUGGCAACAGUGGCCACGCUUUCCAGCUGGAGGGGCGGGUCAGCGGGGCCAGCAGCCUGGUGUUGGCCGAGCCACUGGACUUUGAGGCUGUCGCGGUCUACAACCUGACAGUGGCCGUGUCUGACCGCGGAGUGCCACAGCACAGUGCUGUGGUGCCCAUUGUGCUCACGGUGCUGGACGUCGAUGACAACCCCCCGGUCUUUGGGCGUGCCACCUACCACAUGGCUGUGAGCGAGAGCACAGCACCGGGCACGGAGCUGCUGCGCGUGGCCGCCCACGACUCCGACUCCGGCCCCUACGGCCAUGUGCACUACAGCAUCAGCUCCGGCGACCCCCGUGGGCUCUUCCAGCUGCAUCCGUCCACUGGGGCCCUUCGCCUGGCCCAAGCACUGGACUGCGAGGUGCAGGCCCAGCACACGCUGGUGGUCCAGGCCUCCGACGGGGCAGGCGGACACUUUGCGCUUGCGGCGGUCACUGUUGAGGUGAAGGACGUCAACGACAACCUCCCGUACUUCCCGAUCGAGACGCUGAGCACCAGCCUGAGGGAGAACCUGCCUCCCGGGAGCCUGGUCACCACCGUGCACGCAGUCGACACGGACGUGGGGGUCUUUGGGGAGCUGCGCUACGCCCUGCUGCAGACGGCAGGCUCGGAGGGCUUCCUCCUCAACGGGACCUCGGGGGAGCUGCGCUCUCGCCUGCCAUUCGACUACGAGCGCACCAAGGCCGUCCAGCUGCUGGUGCAAGCCACGGAUGUCGGCAACAGCUCGGCCACGGCCACUGUGCGUGUCUUGGUUUCUGGAGAAGACGAGUACGACCCCGUCUUCCUUAGCCCAGCCUUCAGCUUUGAGAUUUCUGAGGGAGCACGCCGGGGACAGAGCCUAGGGUACGUGAGGGCCACUGAUGAAGACGAGGGCCCGGACGGGGUGGUGCUCUACACCCUGGCCAAAUCGUCUCCCUUCUUUGCGAUCAACCAGACGAGCGGGAUCCUCUACCUACGCAUGGACAGCCAGGCGCCCCCCGGAGGCCCUCCCAAGCGGGAGCCACGGGAGAUGGUGCUGGAGGUGCAGGCCCACAGCCCCCUGCCUGCCUCGCGCUCCGCCUCAGCCCAGGUCAUCAUCGACGUGACGCACACCUCCUUCGGCCUGGUGCCGGAGCUCAACCUGAUGCUGGUGGUGUCCGUGGCCGCCUCGCUCGGGGUGGUGGUGGUGCUGGCGGCCGUGGCCAUCGUGCUGGCCCUCAUCCGGUCUCGGCAAGGCCGCGGCCACAAGGAGGCGGACCUGGCCCACAUGCAGCAAAGCGGCUCUUUGCAAAAGUUGGGCCACGCCGAGCCGGUCCUGCCUGGGGCAGGCUGCCUCUACCAUGAGGCCCUGCCCGGCUACGGCACAGAACCGGCUGGGCCCUAUGCCACCAGGGGCGGGUCGCUGGACCCCUCCCACUCGAGUGGGCGGGGCUCAGCGGAGGCAGCUGAGGAUGACGAGAUCCGCAUGAUCAACGAGUGCCCCCGCAUGUCCAGCGUCACCUCUUCCCUGCAGGAGCACCUGGCUGCCCGGGGCCCCGACUCCGGCAUCCAGACCGAUGCCGACCGCCUCUCCGACGUCUCCUGUGAGCCCACCACCCUGGACGCCCCCCAUUGGUUCAAGAACAGGAAGGGGCCCAGCCUGCUGCUCCCGGGCCAGCCCCCACAGCUCUACCGGGACGACAUGGGCGGCGGCGGGGCAUUCCUGGGCGCCGGCUGCGGCCUCAAUGUCUCCUCCACCAAAGACUACUCCUUCCCCGAGGACGGGAAGCCCUGCGUGGACGGCUCCCUCACAGCCAUCGUGGCGAGCGACGAGGAGCUCCGUGGCAGCUACAACUGGGACUACCUCCUCAACUGGUGCCCCCAGUUCCAGCCGCUGGCCAGCGUCUUCACGGAGAUCGCACGCCUGAAGGACGAGAGCUCCCUGCGCAAGCCCUUCCCCACCAAGCCCAAGCCCCGGAUAGACCCACCGCCACUCAUCACCUCGGUGGCCCACCCUGGGGCCAAGUCCGUGCCCCCGAAGCCCGCCGUGGGGCGCGCCUUCCCGCACCUGUCCUCGCUGCGACGGUCCCCCAUCAGCCAUGAGGGCUCCCUCUCGUCGGCAGCCAUGUCCCCCAGCUUCUCGCCCUCCCUGUCCCCUCUGGCAGCCCGGUCCCCCGUGGUUUCGCCCUUUGGGGUCUCGCAGGGGCCUUCGGCGUCCGCCAUAAGCACCGAGCAGCACUCCUCGGAGACCCCCGAGGAGGCAGAGCUCCGCAUUUAGCCGGCCAUCCACAUACUCUUUGCGCUUUGGCGGGCAGGAGACCAGCUGGACCCCGGGCGCACGCUGUCUCCUCGGGGCCCCCGG